AUGACUUCUCAUUUCCAUAAUAAGUAUCAUCAUAGUGCUUAUAUCAGACAGUUCAUUAGCAAAUCUUCACAUGUUGACAGAUUCACAUUCACUGAUGAUAGUGAACCUGAUGUGAAAUCAUUGAUCAAGAACUUGAAGAACAUAAUAAUGAAGAAAUUACUUAUAUUAUGUAUGACUGAGUCUUCUGUGUCUUCUCUUGCCUCUUCUACUGCUUCUUUCUCUGCUGCUUCUCUCUCUGUCUCUUUCUCUGCUGCUUCUCAAUCUUCUACACUUGCCUCUGUGUCUGGUUCUCCCGCUCCCGCUACCUCUGUUCUCAUAAUCUCUGGUUUUACUGUCUCUGCUUUCAUUACCAGCUCUCCUCAUUUCAAGGAGAUGUUGUGUAGGCUUAAUAAACCAUGUCUCUCAAGAAUCAUUUCUCUUCUCAACAGGGUCAAGAUUAAAAUUGUUAUGAGUUUUAUUGUGUAUGAAGUUGUGAUGUUCACAGACAUCAAGAAACUUUUUAUAACUAUUAAAUUCAAUAUUGUGAUUGCUUCAGCAUCAGAGACUAUUCUCAUCAAAGAUGACAAUGCUGCUAAGACUACUCUCUUUCACUCUUAA